AUGCUCUCUAGAACAAUUCGUGCACAAGGUGCUUCCCUAAGAAGGUCGCAAUUAACCUUCACAAAGUCAUUUUCAACUACAGUCAACAUGCAAAAUGCCCAAAAGAGAGCACCUACAGGUGUCGUUUUAAUGAACAUGGGUGGCCCCUCCAAGGUCGAAGAAACGUAUGACUUUUUAUAUCAAUUGUUUGCUGAUAAUGACUUAAUUCCUAUUAGCGCUAAAUACCAAAAAACUAUUGCUAAGUAUAUUGCGAAGUUUCGUACUCCUAAGAUAGAAAAGCAAUACAAGGAAAUUGGUGGAGGUUCUCCGAUUCGCAAAUGGUCGGAAUAUCAAGCUUCUGAAGUUUGUAAAAUUUUGGACAAGACCUGUCCGGAAACAGCACCCCAUAAGCCUUACGUGGCGUUCCGUUAUGCAAAGCCGUUAACGGGUGAGACUUACAAGCAAAUGCUAGAGGAUGGCGUGAAGAAAGCCGUGGCCUUUUCUCAAUAUCCUCAUUUCUCCUAUUCUACCACUGGGUCGUCUAUCAACGAAUUAUGGAGACAGAUCAAGGCAUUGGACUCUAAGAGAUCUAUUUCGUGGUCUGUCAUUGAUCGUUGGCCCACAAAUGAAGGUCUGACUAAGGCAUUCUCUGAAAAUAUCACCAAAAAAUUGCAAGAGUUCCCACAGCCUGUUAGAGACAAGGUGGUUUUGUUGUUUUCCGCACAUUCCCUACCCAUGGAUGUUGUUAACACUGGUGAUGCCUACCCCGCGGAGGUUGCUGCGACUGUUUACAAGAUUAUGCAAAAGCUGAAGUUUAAGAAUCCUUAUAGAUUAGUUUGGCAAUCCCAAGUUGGACCCAAACCAUGGCUGGGUGCCCAAACAGCAGACAUCGCCGAAUUUUUAGGACCGAAAGUUGACGGUCUGAUGUUCAUUCCUAUUGCCUUUACCUCUGACCAUAUUGAAACCCUGCACGAAAUCGACUUAGGUGUUAUUGGAGAGUCGCCAUAUAAGGAUAAAUUCAAAAGAUGCGAAUCUUUGAAUGGUAAUCAAACUUUUAUUGAAGGCAUGGCAGAUCUUGUGAAAAACCACUUGGAAAGUCAUCAGCUGUACUCCAAUCAAUUACCUCUAGACUUUACACUUGGUAAGUCUAGCGAUCCCGUAAAAGACCUUUCAUUGGUAUUUGGCAAUCAUGAAUCUACUUGA